CACGGGAGCAGCAACACCGGGAUAGACGCACCAUUAAAGAAGCAGAAUAACCUCGCUUUUUCAUAUAAAAAAUCUGUGUAAAAAUGAUUAGUCGCUUCAUUUUGCGCUUAUUGUGGUGCUGUUUACUCUACCACAGUGUGUCUGGUGUUGCUGCAGAUGAAGUGCCAGUGAAGGAGGGAGAAUCAGUCACUCUACAAACUGAUGUAAAAAUGAAUCGACAAGACAUAAUUAAAUGGUAUUUCAAUGACACUCGCAUCGCUCAAAUCACUGGAGAUCUCAGUAAGAUCUGUACAGAUGUUCAGUGUAAAGAUGGUGAUGAGAGAUUCAGAGACAGACUGAAGCUGGAUCAUCAGACUGGAUCUCUGACAAUCAGGAACACCAGAACAACAGAUGCUGGAGUUUAUCAUGUCAGCAAUGAAAAAAAACAGGGAUAAGACCUUCAGGGUUACCGUUCAUGGUUUUUUCAGUGAUGGUAAAGAUGGAGUGUCAGUGUUUUUGAUGGAGGGAGAUUCUGUCACUUUCCACACUGGUGUUAAAACAAACCAACAAAACAGAAUUAGAUGGUAUUUCAAUAACACACGUAUCGCUGAAAUCACUGGAAAUCUCAGGAAGAUCUGUACAGAUGUUCAGUGUAAUGAAGGUACUGAGAGAUUCAGAGACAGACUGAAGCUGGACAAUCAGACUGGAUCUCUGACCUUCAUGAACAUCACAACCACAGAUGCUGGAGUUUAUGAACUAAGGAUCAGCAGUAAAAACAGUGGCGAGGUUGACACAACCUUCCAUUUUGGCGUCCAUGAUGUUUCUGCCCUUAAACUAGAUGAAAUGAAAGAGGGAGGAAAUGUCACUUUAUAUACUGAUGUAAUAAAAAACCCAAAAGAUCUGAUGACGUGGCAUUUUAAUGACAUUCUCAUCGCUGGAGAUCAGAGUGAGAUCUGUACAGAUGUUGAGUGUAAAGAGAGAUUCAGAGACAGACUGAAGCUGAACAAUCAGACUGGAUCUCUGACCAUCAUGAACACCACAAACACUGACUCUGGAGAAUAUCAACUACAGAUCAACAGCAGCAGAGUCAGCAUCAGCAGGAACUUCACUUUUCCUGUUGCUAGUCCAACUUCAACUGCUGGAGAAGGAACAAAUGCCACUGGUGAUGGCGGAGUUGUUAUUGGUGCUGUUGUUGGUGUUAUUCUUCUCAUAGCUGCAGUAACAGGUGUGGUUUACUAUCACCGCAAGAGAAGUAAAAAAACAAAACAAAAAGACACCACAGUGAAGGACAAUCGUGAUGAGGAGAAUGGUGAAGCAGAAAAUCUUCUUCUAACUAAGGAAAAAUCUAAUGGGUCAGCUACUGAUCAGACGGUGGCUAAUGGGUCAGCUACUGAUCAGACUGUGGCUAAUGGGUUAGCUACUGAUCAGACGGUGGCUAAUGGGUUAGCUACUGAUCAGACUGUGGCUAAUGGGUUAGCUACUGAUCAGACGGUGGCUAAUGGGUCAGCUACUGAUCAGACUGUGGCUAAUGGGUCAGCUACUGAUCAGACUGUGGCUAAUGGGUCAGCUACUGAUCAGACUGUGGCUAAUGGGUCAGCUACUGAUCAGACUGUGGCUAAUGGGUCAGCUACUGAUCAGACUGUGGCUAAUGAGUCAGCUACUGAUCAGACUGUGGCUAAUGAGUCAGCUACUGAUCAGACUGUGGCUAAUGGGUCAGCUACUGAUCAGACUGUGGCUAAUGAGUCAGCUACUGAUCAGACUGUGGCUAAUGGGUCAGCUACUGAUCAGACUGUGGCUAAUGAGUCAGCUACUGAUCAGACGGUGGCUAAUGGGUCAGCUACUGAUCAGACGGUGGCUAAUGGGUCAGCUACUGAUCAGACGGUGGCUAAUGGGUCAGCUACUGAUCAGACUGUGGCUAAUGGGUCAGCUACUGAUCAGACGGUGGCUAAUGGGUCAGCUACUGAUCAGACGGUGGCUAAUGGGUCAGCUACUGAUCAGACUGUGGCUAAUGAGUCAGCUACUGAUCAGACUGUGGUUAUUGAGAUAUCACAGUAAUCAGUAGUCUGCAUCAACACCAGCAGCAUGAAGUUUCUAGUCCAAACCAUUUUUAAGCACAAUAUCCUUUUUCUUUGAAGUGAAGUCAUAGAAAUGACAUUGUGAAUGAUUUUUUAUUUUUAUUUGUCCCAUUCAGUACAGUAGAAGUUUAACAAACUGUGAUGACGAUCUUCUGACAACACAGGAAAAAAAAGGUUCACAUGAAUUCUGAAAUUAUCUGUGAUGGGUCACUCGAGCUGUCACAAGAAUAAUUUUUGCCUUGAGAAAAAAAAACUUUUUGUUUCUGAAUCCGACUGAGAAGAUAGUCCAUCUUUUGAUCCUCUAGAUCAGAUCAUUUCAGUUCUACACUACUCUGAUCUGUCUUUUAGCAAGAACAAGCUCUUUUGGAUUGUUUAACAUGUUUACAUGAAGGUUUCGCCAUCCAUUUGAGCCAUCGAUCCAGUUGCUAACAGAUUGUUUGGGUGGAUGUAAAUGUUAUCCUUGUUAUCCUCAACUCUCAGGAACUAAACGUGUCAGAAGUGCACUGAAAGACACAGUGGACAGAUCCAGCUACAAAAUGCCAAAUGUGUUUUUUAUAAUAUAGUUUUUUUUUAUAACAUAGUUUUAUAGUAUAUUUUGUGACUGUUACUUAUCAUCUGAAUUGUAUUUUAAUCACAGUUCACAAAUGUGUGUUCAGUGAUAGAACUUCUACAUUUGGUAUUUAUUUGUUGCUUUCGGAUGCUUGUUUCUACCGCUGAAUGUCUUAAUUGUUGAAAUGUGCAAAAGGGAAUGUUGUUCUUUUUAUUUUGUCGAAAAAACAUUUUGCUGCCAAGUUCUUGCAUUUCAGCUGAGGAGGGAGAUGGAGAGCUGUGGGGCGAGUAAGAAUGUCAUCACUGUGUGAUGGAAAUAAUCACCUGGACUUUAAGAAAAGUUAAUCAACACUAUCUUUAUCCUUGCAUCAGCCAAGGAAAGGGUGCCUUUUACUUAGUGGAAAUUAACUUGAAGGAGUUCAUGACGGAUGGCAAUAAAAACAUAUCUGACUAACUAAUAACUGCUGAAAUCUUUUAGAGUUUAUCGAAAUAACUGAGCUUAACUUAACUGAAACAUUUGUAUCUAAGUGCACACAUGUAUGUAUUAAUGAAGGCCUAAUGUAUUUUGUAACCAUUCUCAUAUAUAUAUAUACAUUUAUAAUUUCUGUCAAUAGUCAAAGUAAAUAUUAGAGGUAUUUAAAUAAUAUUUUACAAACAAAACACUGCAAAAAAAAAUGUGUCUGUCUACAUAACACGCUACAGGCUCCAGCUUAUUGCUGCAGUCUUGCCUUCUGUAUACGUUGUCUGCCUCUUGCCUGUGUGGACAAUGUCUUUAAAUAAAGCCUUGCUGAUGGA